AUGGAGGAUACCCAGCAGGUCGCAAGUGCGGCAGAAACCCAGGGAACCCUGGAACGAUAUGUCCAGCAAAGACACCGCUACUAUCAACAUCUGAGUGCCUUCGCAAUCAGGUUUGAGGAAGACCACACAGGUGCAGAACAAGAUCUUCCUAACUUUAAAAGUCUUGUUCGAGCACUAGGCAUUGAUUCCGUCGAGGAGUGCGUUCUCUUAGCUAGUGAUAGAACACCUGGGUGGACUAUUAUAAGCAAGCUCCGCGAACACCUUCUGGGUGGACUGCAGCAAUGCCUCCACCCAAAAUUUGGUCGCUAUUUAGUGAUCAUCCAUUACUCAGGGCAUGGCACCUACAAGCCAGAACAAGGACUAUGGUUUCAUGCUAAUCCUCAAUCAAAGCCGUUCUUUACCUUAAACACACUUACAGAAGCUGUGUCGAUAAACUCUCAGCAGUCCGACGUGUCUAUGGGCGCCGUAUUUAUUAUAGACAGUUGCGAGAUAGGGUCUGCGAGACUCACUGUUCGAGUAGAUGAUACCUUCGAACUCCUAGCCGCCGUCCCCGAGCAGAAAACGACGUUUGCUACCUCAGGCAGACAGAACCAAAAACAAACCUUCACCGCCAAAUUAGCUAAUGCUGCAGCUAUUGCUCAAGGCAAAGCACGAUCAGUCGACUUUGCAGAGCUCCUUGACUCGGCUUACAGCCUCUCGUCCGCGAAAUUCCCCGUCCACAAGCUCCUGUCAGGUUCCGUGUCUAUACGAGUCAAGUUUUCAGGUCUGGCACACUCCAGUUUACCGCAGCCGCAGCCACCAGCCUCCCUCCCACUGUCAAUGAAGGUACCUGCUAAGGUCCUUUUCUCUUGUCACUUCCUAGAAGACUCUGCCUCGGAGGCGACAAAAAAACUGCGUUCCUGGAUAGAGCUUCUUGACCCAGAAAUCGGAUUGCAAGUAACCGGCGUAUUCCAGACAGAAUCCACCGUAUUGAUACUCCUGGCGCCGUAUACGGUUUUCUGCACGAUGCGAACUCUUCUUCCAGGCAUCACCCUAAUUGCCGGGAAAGUGUUUAUCCCACAGAGUCCAGCUAGUACCAUCGAAGACCCCGUCCUCACAUCAACCCCACGGCAGCCAGAACGAGUCCCCGUAUAA